AUGAAUCAAAGCAGCGAAGGAUGUAUGAAAAAGAUUGGCAGUGUGAAUCUUGACAAACUUAUAAAUGACUUCUCACAGAUAGAAAAAAAAAUGAUAGAAAUCAGUGGAAAGAACAACAUACUGGAUAUGCAGUUGGAAAAAGCUAACUGUUUGCUAAAAGUAAUGCAAACAAAGGAGGUCUCAAUUAAAGAAGAAUGUGCUACUCUUCAUGAUAUGAUAAAAGGGCUGCAACAGACUGUUGAAUAUCAUCAUAAUUUGAAAGGUGAAAAUGAACAACUAAAAAGAAAUUCUGAUCUUAUGAAAGAAAAGUUAAAAUCUCAUGAACAGGAAUAUAAGAAUAAUAUUGCCAAACUUAUGAAUGAAAUGAAAAUCAAAGAAGAGGGACAUAAGAUAGAAAUAACAAAACUUUAUCAGGAUAUGCAGAAAAAAGUUGAAUUAAAUGAAGAAAAGAAUAAAGAACUGAUAGAGAAAAAGGAGAUGGAAAUUUCAGAGUUAAAUGCAAAGUUAAGAACUCAAGAAAAGGAAAAACAAAAUGAAAUAGUCAAACUACAGCUAGAGUUUGAUGCCAAGCUAGCAAGAGUUCAAACUAAAGCAAAACCAUAUCCAGAUUCUACUGUUCUGCCACACAGUAUCUACAGAAGGAAGCUUCAACAUCUUCAAGAAGAAAAAAACAAGGAGAUUGCAAUUCUUCGUAAUACCAUUCAUGACUUAGAGCAACGCCUCUCUGUCAGCAAAGAUUCUCAACUUAAACUCGUUGGCAAAGAUUCUCACUUUAAGCGUAGACGGUUUUGAAUAUAGAAGUAAAUUUAUUAGUUGCUAUUUUCUUUAAAAGCAGUUGAAAAUUCAUUUCUGUUGACAAAUAACAUACUACCUAAGUAAUAACAACAAUGACAACAAAAAGACAACUUCAAACUGUUUUAUUGAGUUUAAACAUAGCCAUACUUUUGCCAAUUGUGUACUGCAUUCUUGCUUAAUAGUAUUAACCAUGAAAGAGUUCAGGUUUAUAGGACUUAGUUUACCUAAUGAACCAUCAUUGACUAUGGAAAUACUUUCUAAGCCAUCAAGAGAUAAACAACAUUCUUUUAUCUCUUCCUAUCUUCCACAACUGGCAAUCUCAAAUUUUAAAGAGUAUGAUACAAUACUAGAUAAAGAAAACAAGAUAUAAGGCUUCAUUCUGAUGUGAUAGUAAAAAUCAAGGUAUGAGUCUUAGAUAUAAAAAAGUAUAAAUGGAUAUUUAAAAUAUAAUCAUAGCAAAAUAUUCAUGUGUAAGUAUUUCUGGAUCUGAAAAGAUAGAAUUCACUGUUCUUUAAAGGUUUGAUCUGUUAAAAACAUAAGAUUAAGAAGACAAAGGUAAUAUUGUUUUGAGAAAUAAGUAAA